AUGGAAAAUGUAUCAUGGUGGAAUGAACGAUUAUGGAAAUCAUAUGCUGAUCAUCCGAAUUAUCUGAAAGACAGUGGACAAUCUUCCAUAGGAGGUGUACAUUAUACAAGUCAACAAUUCUCAAAUACCAAACAAUUCCAAUCAUAUAACAGUAUACCCACAAUGUCAAACAUGUCAUGUAAUAUUUCACGUUCAAACAGUGAUUUCAAUUAUCGUAAUGUAAUAACAAAUUUUGAUUUGCCUAAAAAUACUACCACCAUUCCAAAUACUACAACCACUUCAAAAUUAUCUAAUUCACAAUUAAUUGGUAAUAAUUUACUACAACAAAUUUGUCCUAGACAUGUAAUGAAUAAUUUGAAUUCGAUUUAUGGUGGCAAUAGAAGUCGUCCAUUAGGUUCAUUACGUGUUUACUAUUUGACAAGACCACAUUCAGCAGCUAUAUUUGGCCGAUCAACAUCACUACAACGAACAACAACACAAGAUACACAGAAUACAAAAUCUUCUCCAUUAUCGACACGAAGACCAACUAAUAUUGAUUUAUGUUUUUCAAAAGAUAAUUCAUUUUCCACUUUACUGCCUAGCACAACUUCAUCCUAUGUGAAACGAUCAAAUUCCAUUGAUUGUAGUGGUAAAAUAUGUCAAUUGCAUCGGCGAUCUUCCACACCAUCCAUAAAUGAUAACGUCAAUAAACAAAUGCCCAAUUCUAAUUUAGGUAAUCGUAAGAAAUCAGCCACAAAAACACGUAGUUCACUAGUGGAUACACUACAACAUACACCUCAACCACCUCGUAGAGUUUUUUCCGCCUAUGGAAGUGACAAAACACUUAGAUAUGGAAAUAGAUUCACAAACACAUACAAUACAGAUAAUGAUCAGCAGACAGAACAAAGUCUCAUACAAAAUGUCUGCGAAGAUCCAUUACAGAAAUCUUUAACAUUUACUAGUACAAAUGAAUUUCUAUCAUUAAAAAGUGCAAGAAAACUGAACAAUGAACUACCAUGCAAUCCGAAUAAUCCACAUGUUGUUACAAUUGCUCAGAAUAAUAAACAAUUAGCGAAAACAUCCAUGUUAACUGUAACUCCUGUCAAUGUUCAAGAUAUUAAAUUUUUCAAAUCUUCCGCAACUCUGAAAAAAUCAAACAAACCAAAAUAUAAAUCUGAACAAAUCAAAUCGUCUAUAGAAAAACCUGAUACAACUUUAAUGACUACGUUUGGUAGUAUUGACCGAAAUCCGGACAAGCAUAUCUUAACAACAGAUGAUCAUACAGGUGAACUGGAAUAUAAUGUAUCAAGUCUUAUAGAAAGCGAAAUUCCUGUAACAAAACAAUCCGCUGAUGUUAUUACAACUGAAAAUGUCAACACCAAUAACACGAACAAUUUAGAAGGUGAAUCUUUUGAAAAAGCAUGCCAAGAAAUCACUGAACUAACACCAAAUACAAUGAUCACAUCUAUAGACAAUCAAACAAACUCUAAUUUACCAUUACAGAAUGAUUUAACAUAUUUACCUAAGUCACCCGAGUGUACAAAAACAACUUCUAACUUUCUAAUGUUUGAUGAUCAGAUAUCAGUUGUAUUUAAAAAUUCAGAUUGUCAAGAAUAUCAAUCAAUUGAUGAACCAUGCAACUUACAAGACCUUCAUUUAGAAGAAACUUUACAAUCUAAAUUGAUUUUAUGCGAGAAUGACCAGUCAUUGUCAAAUUCAACACUUGAAUUAUUGGAAGAAUGUAGUGUAGAACAGAAUGAUGAAAGUCAACCUGUGAAUAUCUUUAAUGAAACUAUUCCAAAUACGCCAAGUGUUGUAGAUAAAUCCAUAAUUUCAGAAGAUGAAUGUAGUGAAAUAUUAUCCAUUAAGAAUUAUCCUGACCAAAUACAGUCAUCCAUCCUAGAUGAUGAAUUUGAAAAAUCAUCUGCACACAAUGAAUCAUCCAAUCAAUGUUUAUCGAUCGUAAAAUCAAACGACCCUGAACAACCACCAUAUACAUUUUCUCCAAUCACUCAAAAUAAUCUCACCUAUAUGAAUGAAAACAUAUCACAUUGUAAUUCAGGGAUGACGAAUUCAUUUCCUAUUAAAUCAAUACUUAAACGUUCGAAAAAUUUUAUAAGAUCACAACAAACAGAGAACAAUACAUUGAAUAAAACACUGAGCACAACACAUUCAAACACUCAAACACUCAAUAAAACCACUAUGACUGGUUUAACAUUUCAUAAUAAUAUUAAUCAGGCAAUCUAUUCAAAAAGACCAUUUUCAGCGAAUUCUUGGAAAUCAGACUUAUCAAAUAUUAUUUCUAACAAUGGGAUUCGAACUGUUGUCGGUGGUGGUGGUUUUCACACCAAUAUCAUCAAUACACCUGCAACGAAUACACUAAGACCAAAAUCAUCUACAUUAAAAAGUAAACUUUUUAUUGACACAAAAGAUAGAAUCACGUCAAAUCGUUCCAAUAGACCCGGUGUACGUUUUGACAUAAAAAAUAACUCGAUCCUUGAAUUCUAUCCAUAUGAUAUCAUUAAUAAAUCAUAA